AUGUUUCUAAGGACUGAGUAAUGCCCUAAUAUAAUAUUACAUUCAAUCGGAAUACGAAACGACAAAGAGGAGAGAGAGAGAGAAAGAGAAAGCGUCAAUGGCAGCUACAGACGUGUCAACUUUUGUUCCCGCCGGCGAGGGUUCGAACGCUGCUGCUGGCCCAUCUUCAUCUUCCAAGAAACCGAAGCGUUUCGAAAUCAAAAAGUGGAACGCCGUUUCUCUCUGGGCUUGGGAUAUUGUGGUCGAUAAUUGCGCAAUUUGUAGGAACCACAUCAUGGAUCUCUGCAUUGAGUGCCAAGCUAACCAGGCGAGUGCUACCAGUGAAGAGUGUACUGUUGCUUGGGGAGUGUGCAAUCAUGCAUUUCAUUUCCACUGCAUCAGCAGAUGGCUGAAAACCCGUCAAGUUUGUCCUCUAGACAACAGCGAGUGGGAGUUCCAGAAGUAUGGCCAUUAAUUAGAAGAGCUGUAACCUUAGCUUGCUCAUUGGAGUCCACAAAAUUUGAGGGUGUGUGUGUCCAGAUGUGUGGAGAGUGCCUACUUCUUUAUUGUUUACAACUUUCUGUCGCAUGACGUUAAAACUCAACUUACCAGUUUUAGGGUGUGAAUUGUUGGGCAUUGACAACCAUUGCUACUUUCAGAGAGAAAGCUCUAUCUUGUGACUCUUGUUCCAUAUUGCAGAUAUUUCAUCUAAAAUGCCCUCUUUAUUACAA